AAAGAAAAAGAAAAAAGAAAAGAGAAAGGGUGGGAAAGAAAGAAAACCCUAAGCCCCAUGAGCCCCAUCCACUUCCUCUUCCUUCUCCCUCUCACGUGUGCUCAAGCCGCCAUACACGCACCACCCGUCCUCUUCACCUCCGCCGACUGUGUCUUCUCUCCGACGCUAUUGUGGCAGUUCACCGACCCUCGAACCACCGGCGAUUCUGAUCUUGGACUUGGAGCCAUACUCUUCUUCGUUUUACUUCUCUCGCUGCUACGGUUAGUGAUUACAUUACACACUCUACAAGGAGAGACUGGUUUUGGAAUUGUUGCUCUAGGGAGAUGGGAGCUCUUGCCCCUGUCGCGCCUUGGACUCCUGAAGACGAUAUUCUGCUCAAGAAUGCCGUUGAGGCAGGUGCUUCCUUGGAAUCCCUUGCCAAAGGUGCUGUGCAGUUUUCUCGAAGAUACACAGUAAGAGAAUUACAAGAACGAUGGCAUUCUUUACUUUAUGAUCCAAUUGUAUCUGAAGAUGCAUCUAUGUCCAUGAUUGACUUUGAGCGCUCUUCUCCCAUUCCGUCUAAGUUUAACAAAUUUGGGAAUCCUAAAGAAACUAAAGGUAUUGGUGGGAAGAGGAAAUAUGGGACUGUACGUCGUCGGUAUUAUACUUUGCGUAGAAGAAUUUGCAAUGAACCAUUUAACCCUAUGGAUCUGAGUUUUCUUGUUGGACCCAGUGAUAGUAACUACGGUGUUGAAGAACCUAUAUCAGGAAAUUGUAUCCCUCCAACAUCAGAUGAUUUCGGACUUCAGGGCUCAGAGCUGGGGAUCUUGCGAUGUAAUUUUGCCCAAAAUGGGAUGAAUACUGAGGAUGCAGAACACACUUUUCAUUCUGAAUGCCAACAUACAGUUGAAAAGCAUUUUUCUAGGAGCCUUGAGAAUGGACAGGAGGGAAUUUCUCACAUUAUGGGAGAGAGUCUGCCUCUCUCGGGAAAUGAAUCUCAUGUAGAAGAAAUGGCUCCAUCAGCUGGCUUUCCAGUCCAUAGUCUCUUUGAUAAUGAUUUGGAGGUGAGACAUUCUAUUUUUGGUCAACUGAGCAAUGAUCAGAGAGCGAUGGGCUCCGAACUAGAGGAUAAUGAUGUCUUUAAUUCUCCUGUUUCUGAUUCUGGUGCAUCAUUUCACAAUGUUGAGUGCUCAUCUCCUCUUCCUGGUAUGCCAAUAUGGAGAAAUAUCUCAGCACCAGACUUGCCUAUUAAUGGCUUUGCAGAUAAGGAUAUGCCUAUAGGUGACUCUUUUGAACUACCUGAUGAUGAUGGGAACAAAAACAUUCAAAAUGCAAGACUAGCAGGCUAUGACACUCACUCUGACUUGAAGUUGAAGAUUGAAGUCCAGCACGAUCAUUUGAAAAGUCCAAAUGCCACUGCUGAAGUUGAUUUUGCAGAAUUGUCUAAUUCUCUUUUGAACUUAAGCAAUGAAGAUGAGCUACUUUUCAUGGAUGUUGAUGGAAAGGAUGUGAUUGAUAAGUCAUAUUAUGAUGGUUUAAGCUCACUUUUGUUGAAUUCACCAAAUGAAGUCAACCAUGACCAAACAACUACUGCAAUCAAUGCAGAAACAGGGUUGCCAACGGAUGCAUUGGUAGAUCCCCCCACUACAUGUUCUGGAAAGUUAUAUGAAAAAGAAUCCCACUGUGGUGUUGGACAUUUGGAUUGUAGUUCAGAAGCCCAUCCGUCACCAUCCGCUUCUUUAGGCAGUCAAUGCCCUGGAAAAGGUAACGAACCUCUUUUUUGCGCCUUGAACACAGAAGACCCAGAAAUCCCGAGCAAUGACGAUGUUUUUCUACCUCCGUUAACACCUAUGGGGAGCCAGUUUCAAGAUUCUACUUUUUCAUCUACCAAGGAUUUCACUUUUAAUGAGAAAUCCGGUGAGACUCAAUACCUUGUGAGGGAGAGGAAAAAUCAUGGACAACCCCGUGCAUUGCAUGGUUUCCCUGAAAGAGUUGAAAAGCAUCUGGUUGGUGGAGCUUCAGUUAAUUUGAAUAAAUUAUCCCAUGGCAACUCCAGACACUUGUCCCCUGUGAAUAAUAUUAGCUCAAUAAAUGUAAAUAGUGAUGCCAUCCAACCUGUUGUGUUCAAGGAAGAAAACAAUGAAAUUUCCCGGGUAAAUCAUCUUGGCCAAAAUUUUUUAAAUGCUCAUGUAGAGAAGCCAGGCUUUGAUUCUGACAAUGUUAGAAGAUACACACCAAGUGCUGCUUGUGGCAUUAAACAGGAACCAGAUAUAUUGGCUACAUUGAAAGAUCAUCGUUUAUCACAGGAAGAGGGUACCCGAGGUGUUUUUUGUGCAGAACAGGAUGGAAUAUCUUCGACAUCUGAUCAAGACGAGUUAUUAUCUAUUGACAGUGAAGACGACAUACCACAUUUUUCAGAUAUUGAAGCAAUGAUACUUGAUAUGGACUUGGAUCCAGAAGAUCAGGAUCUGUAUUCUAGUGAAGAAGUCUUAAAAUACCAACAUGUGGAGACAAGGAAGAGCAUCAUAAGACUGGAGCAAGGGGCUAAUGCUUGCACGCAAAGAUCUAUUGCGUCUCAUGGGGCAUUGGCAGUUCUGCAUGGCCGGCGUUCGAGGCAUUUCAUUAAGAAGUCAGAGGUUCUAUUAGGUAGAGCAACGGAGGACGUCAUUGUGGACAUUGACUUAGGAAGGGAGGGAAGUGGUAACAAAAUAUCUCGACGGCAGGCUAUUAUAAAAAUUGAUCAAGAUGGUUUUUUCUCCCUGAAGAAUCUUGGCAAAUGCUCGAUCUCCAUAAAUAGCAAGGAUGUGGCCCCUGGUCACUGCCUGCGACUUAAUUCUGGCUGCAUUAUUGAGAUAAGGGCAAUGCGAUUUAUAUUUGAGUCGAACCAAACUUGUAUGAAGCAGUAUUUGGAUAACAUAGGCAAGAUGUCUCACAAACAGGAGUUUCAAUCAUGAUGACAGAUGACAACCUAGCUGGCAUUAACAGUUGUACACUUGGGAGGUGCUCGUUUUUCUGCACUUCAUGGGUUCUUUAGAUGGGAAGCAAUAGCAACGCUUUUCUGGAGAUUAUUUUGGCCGGUAACAUCAGCGAGGAGCUGUCCAACCAAAUUGUGAAGAUAUAGGUAAAUCUAUUCUCGUUCUCUACCCAACCUGGCUACGAUACCUGACUCAAACCUGCAUUCUGGUUACUCCUUUAGAAAUCCAAGUUGGAUCCAAACAUGAGCACCAGCUGAAGUUGCUAUCCUUUUUGAUAUAGCCAGCUUGAGGUCAAAUUGAAGGUAAUUGAUGUUGGAAGUCUUCUUUUAGACUUUCUUGUAUUUCUCGGGCUUUUGCAGUGGUUUCUUGGCUAGUCUAUGUUUAACUUCUGCAGGCCUGGUUAAUGCUAUUUAACCACAGUUAAGAUUUAGAUCUUAGGAUUUGAUUAUGUGGCUUGCUAUUGCUUUGUAAGGGCUGCUGUUCAGCUUAUAAAUGUGUAUUCACAAGCUAUUUUAGCUCAUUGGUAAUCAUCGUAGUAGAGUCUUGGAUGUUUUACAGCCAUUGUUAGUUUGGCGUUAAAGUGGAGCGACCUACGACCUAAAUACUAGAAUUUUUCUAAUUUGGAUUACAACGGAAGCAAAAGGCACUCACCCAGUUUUGGUCCGAUGCUUGCAGUCGGGUGGGAAUUCGUUUAAGGAAAUCAAGAAAGGAAUGAUUGAUAUAAGAUCGUGUGUUUGCUCAAUUAUCUUGCCAAGUAGAGCAACUCACAACAAAUCAACAAGUGCCUGGCGAUGUAGAAAUGAUGGAAAAUGCUGCAAGAAACUGUUCAAGACAACUAAAAACGUAAGAUUCCCAAGAAGAAACAAAAGACGGUUUGAUUUGUCAACCAAAAUCUGAAUUUGGAUGAAGAUUGGCAUACCGGGAGGAUGAACGUUGGGAAGUUUUUACAUUGGUUGAAAAACAUGGAGAGUUUCUUUGAUUGUGUAACACAUGAUGAAAAGGUCAAACUACUGCAGAUAGGGCUUUCAAUGUAUCAAGAAUUGACCAAAACCUUGGCUGAUGAAAGGUCUGCUUCCCUUGAGAUUAUGAACAAAAUUUUCUCCAAUCAAUAUCAACAGAAUAUAGUGAGAAUAUUUCUAAA